CAGAUGUGAACUGCGUGCAAAAUAAAGCUAAAAUAAAUAAAACAAAGUGUAAAUAAUGAGAAUAUUUUGUAGUGUAAUUUUUUCAGAUUUAUCAUAAUUCUGUAAAAUCCAACGUUAAUAUGUACAAUGCUACAAUUUUUAAAGAAAAACAAGAGUGGUCACCAAAAGUACAACCCUACCUCUCUAUCUCAAGAAUCAAAUAAUGAAAAUGCAUUUACUUCCAACCAACAUUAUUGUAAAAGCAGUUCAUUACCAUUACCACUUUCAUCCUUUGAUGAUGAGGGCCUAUUUGACAUUGGUGAAUUCGAUGCAUCUAAAGAACAUUCCAGGCUAACGAGAACUUUAUCAGAUAUCAUUGCUGACAAGAAUGCCUUAGGGUACUUUUUACAAUACAUGGAAUCAAGAAAUGCUUCUUCUUACAUAUUAUGCUGGCUGGAUAUAGAAUCAUUUAAGUCAAAUUUAGAACAUAACGAGGAGGAACAUAAUAAAUCAAAUACAAAGAAUUCCCCACAUUCUCCUGUCCCACACAGCCAGAUUGACCAUGACAGUUUAUCUGUUAGCACAGAUUGUGAUUCGUAUACCGCAGAUUCCAACAGUCUCUGCGACUAUUCUACACCAGCAUUAUCUGAUGGCAAAUGCCCUCAAGAUAGCACAUGUGAUACAGAAAGAAGUGAUAGUAGUGUUAAGUUAAAAAAUGAAGAGUCUUGUAGUGAAAAAAGAAAUGUACAAAAUAUAGUUGAUAGAGCGUUAGAACUAUUUAAAAAAUAUGUUGCGCUUGAGUCACAAUGUAAUAUAAAUUGUACAGAAGGUGUAAGAAAGGAAAUAAUGGAAAAUAUUUGUAAUAUUGAUAAAGUAAUAUCUCCUAAUUGUUUUGAUUCAGUUCAAAAUUUUGUAUAUAAAAUUGUACAAGAUGAUUAUUUUAAUGCUUUUUUAGAGUCUGAUUAUUUUUGUAAAUAUCAAAUUGAUUUAUUGACGUGUGGUAAUGUUGUUCUUGAUGACAUAUUGUAUAACGAGACAGCGUUGUUUUACUUUAUGGAAUAUUUAGAACAAGAAAACCAUCGUAGCUUAUUAGAAUUUUGGAUGGCUGCUUCUAAUUUUCAGCAGCAAUUACACGAUCAAAAAGAAUUUUUUGAUCCUGUUGAAGCACAAACCGAUGCUGUGGUAUUAUAUGACAAAUAUUUUUCAUUACAAGCACUUUGUCCUUUAGGUUUUAGUGAUAAGGUUAGGUUUGCAGUAGAACAGAGUAUAUGUGGUCAUAAUGGUUUAACUCUAGAUUGUUUUUACUUACCUUUAAAAAUUGUUGAGACGGUUUUGGAAAAAAAUUAUUUAAAACCAUUUUUAGAAUCCCAACUCUUUUAUAAAUACUUGUCUGAUUUGAUAAAUACGGUGCAAUCAAAUAAUUAUAGUAAUGUAGACCAAUACAAGCACACUGCGUCUGAUUGUAGCAGUGAAAAAAGUUUUAGUCAAAGCACCUUUUUAGCUUUUGAAAUCCCACAUGAAAACAAAGGGGAAAAGAGUACAAAAAUGACAAUAGACACUAGAGAAUUAUAUGAUCCGGAUGCUCUAUGGAAAAGAAAAAAAUGCCAUACUCUUUCCUUAGGGCGAGUUAACGAAUUAGGUAAGUAUGAGACAUAUUUUGAACCCGAACCGGAUAAAAAAGAAUUUAAAUUGAAAAAUGUUCUUAGAAAAGUUAUGAGCUUCGAUGAUGAUGAUAAAAAGAGGGAAGAUAUGGCAUGGCAAGUGGCUGAAUUAAUCGUAAAAGAUAUUACUAAAAUUACUUUAGGGCAACCGGAAAUUGGUAAACCUUAGAUUGUCUACUCUAAUAAUUAUUCCAAAAACAAAUUUUACAACGAUAUAUUUCAUUAAAUUAACAAAUACAGUUAUUGAUAGAGAUCCACCAACAAAAAUUUGGUACAGCAUGUGGUAGCAGGUCCAGGUAGGUGGAGUCUUUCAGUCAGUUGCGGAUAGACAUACAAAUAGAUUAUACAUCUUAAAUUAUUAUUUUUUCAUUAUAAAUAUACUAAAUACGUUUUUAAAUUCAUUAUCUAAACGUAAACAGUAGAUUUUUUAAAUACUUAAAAAAUAUUUUUGGUUUUCAUAUUUGUAGAAUAAGAUGUUGUUAACAGUAAUUAUUUUUAGACAAUCAAUAAAAAACAGAAUUAAUUUUAUUUUAUUCCAAAAAUAAUAAACUAGAAUGAAGUUAUAUAAUGCUUCGCAUACUCGUCACAGGUUAACAGACCUCCUUUAACCUCCCAUUUUUAAUCAGAUUUUUUUGGAAUCAAUAGGCUUCAUCCCCUUAUAGAGCUUGAUUUUCCUGAAAAUUUCAAAUUUAUAACGUUUUUUUGUUUCCGAGUUAAGAGUUUUUUUUUAAUAUAUCGACCACCUUGUUCAGAUUUUUUCAAAAUCAAUAUAAGCUUCGUCCUCUUCUAGAACACUAGAACAUGAUUUUCGCUAAAAAUUCCAAGUUGAUAUCAUUUUUCGUUUUUGAGUUAGGAUUUUUUUUGUAUUUCAACCCCUUUUAACCCCACUAUUUUGUUCAGAUUUUCUUUUCUAAAUCAAUUAGCUUCGUCCUCUUGUAGAACUUGAUUUUCCUGAAGAUUUCAAGUUGAUUUUGUUUUUGAGUUAUA